AUGAGUUUCCUCGACUUGAUCUGCUCUGGGUUUGGCCCCUUGAACGCUUUUAUCGCUGUUGUCUUCUUCUAUGACUUGUUCAUCUUCUACAAAAAUGUUAUUGUCAAGUACUUUGGCGACCCAUUCAUGCCAUACUUUUCUUCCACAGCCAGUGAACACUUUCAAUCUUGCGUCUUUGCUAUCUGUGGUAACAUCAGUGCCUUUCUCAUCUGCGUCAUGGUCUUCGUAAAAUACCGUCAAAUGCGUUCCAUCUUCUACCAACAAGACAUGGGAUACCUCUUGUAUUGGAACAACAUCGCCAAAUGGUUUGGAUAUCUAUCGGCUAUGGGUCUAUUCGUAAUAAGCAACGUCGAGGGGACUGCAAUCAUCCCUGUUCACAUGCCCGCUGCUUUCGUGAUGAUUGGAGGAUUCCUUAUCUAUAUGAUCUUCCAGUGCUACUUUACCUACAUCACCUCCCCAGUAAUCAGUCUCUACACAGUGUUCACGUACCGUGCCGUCUGCACCGCCAUGGCUGCCCUCUGCUUCGUUAUCUCCUUCGUCUGCGGCAUUACCGCUUUCACCAUCUUCCACAACAAAUACCCGGACCUCCCAACGCCACGCUCAUGGGACACAUGGGACGGACCCAUCUACCUACAUGGAAGCGAGUUUUACAUUAUCUCUGCUGUUGCCGAAUGGUUGUGUGCCACCUUCCAAUUGAUUUUCAUGAUCUCGUUCGAACCGGAAUUCGAAACGAUUUCUCUUCAAUACUUCCUGAGCUCUGACUUUAUUGACCAGGAGAACCGCGACUUCUUUAUCGACCGCAAUCGUUACCGCGUAUAG